UUCCAGAAGUUGUUAAGCAGUCUCUAUCUACCAGGUAAGACUUCAUCUACACCUGUAUGCUCAGAUGUGUUGUGGAGAGUGGAUUGGGGGAGAGGAGAGGACAAGCAAACGAAGCACAGGGCUUGUGAAAUAUCUCCUCCAUUGUUAACACUACUGUGAAAGACCAAUUGCUUCCAUGUGGCUUUACGUGGCCUGCCUCAUUGGCCUGUAUUAUGUGUUUCGCUGGUACAGGGAGAGGCUGGUGGUGAGUAACCUUAGAGACAAAUAUGUCUUUAUCACUGGCUGUGACUCUGGAUUUGGGAACCUGCUGGCUAAGCAGCUGGACCUUCGAGGCCUGAGAGUGCUAGCGGCCUGUCUGACAGAGAAAGGGGCUGAGCAGCUGAGGCAUGAGACUUCAGACAGGGUAGAGACAGUGAUCCUGGAUGUGACCAAGACUGAGAGCAUCACUGCAGCGGCCCAGUGGGUGAAGGAGCGUGUGGGAAAUAAAGGACUCUGGGGCCUCGUCAAUAAUGCAGGAGCUAUCUUUCCAGAUGUUUGUACUGAGUUGAUGACCAAGGUGAACCUUAUGAAGACAAUGAAUACAAACCUGUUUGGAGUAAUUGAGGUGACAAUGAGCAUGCUGCAAAUGGUGAAGCAAGCCAGGGGGAGGAUUGUCAAUGUCUCUAGCAUCAUGGGGAGAGUUGCUUUCUCUUCAGCAGCCUACUGCUGUUCCAAGUAUGGAGUGGAAGCUUUUUCAGAUUGUCUGCGGAUUGACAUGCAACCGUUUGGGGUGAAAGUCUGCAUGGUUGAGCCUGGCUGUUUCAAAACGAACAUAAUCAGUCCUCAGAAGCUCCAAGAGUGUUUAGAAAAUUCUUGGAAUAAAGGCCCAGUGGAAGUCAAAGAAAGCUAUGGACAAGAAUUCUUUGAGAAAUUUCUCACUUAUAAUAAAAACUCACUGCAAAAGUUUAGUACGAAUUUGCACCUGGUAACUGACUGUAUGGAACAUGCUCUGACAUCGCAUUACCCUCGAUAUCGCUAUUCAGCUGGCUGGGAUGCUCGAUUCUUCUUUAUUCCCUUGUCCUAUUUGCCCACAGUACUGUCAGAUUAUGUAUGGUCUGCAAAUAAUCCAAAACCUGCACAUGCUGUCUAAAGAUGGAUUGGAAAGCUGACUUGUGAAGAAGGAAUUGAACGCUAUGGAAUUUGACGAUGAUGUUUAUAUAGCUUUUUAAAAGAAAUUUACUCUUUGUAAGAUUUGGUUCCCAUCCUAAUCCUUUGUGAAGGAGAUGGUAAAUGCGUCAUUUAUCUGGAAUCACUAGGGAAUCACUAGGCAUUCCACGUGAGUCAAUUUUCCAGAAAACGAAGACUUUCCCUUUUAUUCACCAAAACCACAAAAAUGAUUUAAAAGUAAAAAUCUUCUCAAAAUGUAGGGCCCAUUUAUCUGCUUUAGUGAACACAUUAUACUGAGUCAGGCAGAUCCAAGUUGAAAUCCAGUCCCAUUCACUAUCCUAGUUCAAAUCUAGUUUCAUUCUCUUACUAGUGACCCCAGGCAAAUUACAACCUUUGUCUGUCUACCUUGGUUUUCCUAUCUGUAAAAGGGGAAUAUUAAUAACACCUACUUCCAAGGACUUUUGUGAAGAUCGAAUGAGAGAAUGUUUUCAAAGUACUUUGCAAACCUUAAAAGUGCUUUAUAAAUGCUCUUAUGAAAAUAAUCAUUAUUAUCAUCUUUUGUUGAACACGAUCCUUUUCUUAAUGACUGAUUAUAAUGUAAGACAAACGGAAAAUUUUAGUUACCACCUUAUAAAAGUUGUUAAAUCAGUAACACUGAUUUUAUAGAUAAUUCUGAGUCAAUUCUUCGCCAGGAUUAGGGCCAAAGCCUGUAUUUUGUCUCUUCUGUAGAAUAAAAUGCAUGGGUUUCUGAUAGAUUCUUCUUGUUUGCUUACAGUUUUGAAUCUAUGUUCUGUUGGUUGAGGUUGCUAGAAACCUUACUAAAUGGAUUAAUGGGGUGUUUGGUUAGAAAACCUACUUAAUGCUGAAAUGAUUGUUCAUUGUUGAACAUGACAAUAUUGUGAAAUAUUGGAAACAAAUAAACUUUCUGGUUGAUUUUA